AUGGAAGAAUCGAAGGGUUUUGUUGGUGGUGAAGGUAAAAAAACUCAUCCAAAAUUGCCAUCUAGUUCCUUUCCAAUUCCUUUGCCAGGAAGGAAUCGCCAGGCUUCAAGAUUUACCUACCCUUGGGCCCAAAGGACACUCAAAAGCAACACUGUGGACAAAGGUAAUGGAGCAACUGAGAAACCAACUUUGAAGGUCUAA